CUUUGAGCGCGACAGCUUGAGCAUUCUUCCACCCAGAGCUCAGAUGUCAGAACAUCAGUGACUCUGUUAGCUUCUCCACCGGUUCAGAGUUCUUCAUUCAAAAAGGCUGUGUUUCCCCCUGUCUGCCCGGCAGCUGAGUCACCCCAUGGCUCUAAGACUGUUGUUCUUAUUGUUGGUAUGGGGUCUCACUCUAUUUGUUGCAGCUGCAUCUCUUUGCAAUUUCCCCUGCUCUACUGACUACGAAGACUCACUGAACUGUUCCUGCCCAGGCUCAGCGCUGUUGCAUCCUGUCCUCCUGAAUGUCACUUGCAGAGAGGACGAUGAUGAGGUUAAGGGCAGCUGUGUUAUCAAACCACCUCAUUCCUGGUGCAUUAUCCGUCCUGAAGGGUUCCAGAAACUCUUGUCUAUGGGAACCGACUGUAAUGCAACAGCCAGUCUCCAAAACAGCCAAGUGAUGAACGAGGACCAAGAGUCAGACAUAUGGUCACUGUCUAAUUAUGUGAAACCUCGGCCUCUUUUUAACAUUACAGUAAUGACCACUGGAAAUUUCUACAACAUCACCUGGAGCAAAAGCCCGAUGUACUGUCUCACAUACCGGGUCCGCAUAAGAACUGAAAACUCGUUGCAGGCUCCACGUUUGCUUCUCGUGGACAAAGAGUUUUACCAGGUUGACCAUAAACAGCUGGAGCCACAUGGAAAAUUUAUUGUGGAUGUUCAAGCCAAAGUUUGCCCAGACUACCUUGAAGGUCCAUGGAGCGAAUGGUCUCCCAGCGCAGAAUGGAGAGCACCAGAAGAAGCUGCAGAUAUUGAAGGAGUGGCUAAAGUUUGGCUGUAUGUGUCACUACCCAUCGUUUUCAUUUUUGGCUUCUUGUUGCUGGGAUACUCACAAAAAUCGUUUUUGCAGAAAAAACUUGAGAUGAUUUCAUAUUACCCCAAGCCAAAUGACUUUUUCAAGCCCCUGUACCUCAAGCAUGGAGGGAACUUUGAGGAGUGGGUGAAGCCUGUAUUCAAAGAGUAUGAUUACAUCAGGAUGGGUGGAAGUGUUCCAAUGCUAAGCGAGAAACAACACAGCAUUCUUCACUGGAACAACGAGAAGAAAAGCUACAGCAAGGAAAGUGAGAUACAAGAAGAAGGUCAUCUCUUCCAUCUAUCACAGCCCACCAACAACUUUCUGCUGAACUUCCAGGACAGUGGCAGCUCACAGGGAACCGGCCACUCCACUGGUCACAUCUCAAUUCAUACUGUAACCCUGUCAAGAGAGGACUUUGAGGAGGAGGUUACAUCUCAAAGCUCGCUCAGAAGUUACCAAGAUGGCGAAAGCUUUGGUUCAUUUGACGAUGCCAACAGAGACCAUGCUGGCUAUGAUUUAGGGGAACCACAGGUGUGCAGGAUCGGUAGACAAAGUGGGAUAUCUCUGCAAGAUGAAAAUCAAAUAGCCAAUGACCUAUUAAUGGGAAACAUAAACUUUCAGCCAGAGGGCCAGAUUGAUGAGCCAGAGAGGCUGUCGCUCCAUUCGUUUGCAUCAAACGAGCAGUCCGAGGAUGGCUACCCUCAUGUGGAUUUGGACACCAUUGACAGUGGUUUUGGGGAGUGCAGCAGCCCUGGAGCUUCAGACUCAAACCGAGCAGAUCAUAUAGACUCAUUUAAUGAGCAGAAAAACUCAAAUUCAAAUUAUGUCAAACAGUGGAUGAUAUGUGAAAUUCAAGAAGAUACCAGCAAUGUGAGGGAUGAAAUCCACUAGACAUAAUAACUCAGUGCGUUGUAUGUGGGAAACAAAACGAAAAUAUAUCAUUGCUUAUAUCAAAUCUGGUGAGGAAAAGAUUUGAGAUGUUUUAGCCAGUAUGUUAACAGUAUGUAUAUAGUAUGAUUCCUCUGCUUUAAACUUGUAAAUUUUUGCUUUUAAAGAUUUCAUAGAUGCAAGAAAGAUAACCAUGCUGAGAAAAUAAAGAAAAUCUAUAGUU